GCUGUGAAUGACAACAAAGUUCUGAUUGUGAUAGGAGAGACAGGCAGCGGCAAAACAACUCAAAUCACACAGUAUUUGGCGGAGGCCGGUUACAUGAAUACUGGUCGGAUCGGAUGCACGCAACCACGUCGCGUUGCAGCGAUGUCUGUGGCUAAACGCGUCUCUGAAGAGUUCGGUUGUCGCCUCGGGCAAGAAGUCGGCUAUACUAUACGUUUCGAAGAUUGCACAGCUCCAGAGACCAAAAUCAAGUACAUGACAGAUGGUAUGAUGCUCCGCGAAUGCCUCAUUGAUCCUGAUCUUCGCCAAUACUCUGUCAUCAUGUUGGACGAGGCGCAUGAAAGGACGAUACAUACUGAUGUGCUGUUCGGUCUUCUAAAAAAGGCUAUUCAGAAACGAGAUGACAUGAAGCUCAUCGUCACUUCCGCCACACUGGACUCUGUUAAGUUCUCCCAGUACUUCUUUGAAGCGCCGAUUUUCACAAUCCCCGGCCGAACGUAUCCCGUAGAGAUCCUUUAUAGUUUGGAGCCCGAAAACGAUUACUUGGACGCUGCAUUAAAUACCGUUAUGCAAAUCCAUCUGACGGAACCACCAGGCGAUAUCCUCGUCUUCCUUACUGGACAAGAAGAAAUCGACUCUGGGUGUGAGAUUUUGUACGAACGGAUGAAAGCUCUCGGGUCUGAUGUCCCUGAGCUGAUCAUUCUUCCGGUGUAUGCCGCCUUACCGUCUGAAAUGCAGUCCCGCAUAUUUGAUCCGGCACCACCAGGCUCACGCAAAGUGGUUAUCGCGACUAAUAUUGCCGAGACCUCCUUAACCAUUGACGGUAUUUACUAUGUUAUUGACCCCGGCUUUGUCAAACAGAAGGUGUACAGCAGCAAGUCUGGAAUGGAUCAGCUAAUCGUUACGCCAAUUUCUCAAGCCCAAGCCAAGCAAAGAGCUGGACGAGCGGGUCGAACGGGCCCAGGCAAAUGUUAUCGACUCUACACCGAAAGGGCGUACCGUGACGAGAUGUUGGCCACCAAUGUUCCAGAAAUUCAGCGCACAAACCUAGCCAGUACUGUGUUACAGUUGAAAGCCAUGGGUAUCAAUGAUCUGCUCUCCUUCGACUUCAUGGAUCCACCGCCGUUACAAACCCUCGUUGCUGCCAUGGAAACGCUGCAUGGACUGUCCGCCUUGGACGAUGAAGGACUGUUAACACGCCUUGGCAGACGCAUGGCGGAGUUUCCAUUGGAGCCUAUGUUAUCAAAAAUGUUGAUAAUGUCUGUCCAUCUCCAAUGUUCUGAAGAAGUACUUACCAUCGUCUCGAUGUUAUCCGUUCAAAAUGUAUUUUAUCGACCAAAGGAAAAAACCGAACUGGCUGAUCAGCGCAAGGCCAAGUUUCAUCAACCAGAAGGUGACCACUUGACGCUUCUGGCUGUGUACAACGCAUGGAAAAAUAACAAGUUCUCUGCUCCCUGGUGUUACGAUAAUUUUCUCCAAGCUCGAACUCUGAAACGUGCUCAAGACGUCCGUAAACAGUUGCUGGGCAUAAUGGAUCGGCAUAAACUGGAUGUCGUUUCUUGUGGACGGAAGACUGCGCUGGCUCAAAAAGCAAUUCUCUCCGGUUUCUUCCGUAAUGCGGCCAAAAAGGAUCCUCAAGAAGGCUAUCGGACGCUGGUUGAUCAGCAAGUCGUUUACAUCCACCCCUCAUCUGCUCUAUUCAAUAGGCAGCCAGACUGGGUUGUCUACCAUGAGUUGGUCAUGACCACAAAGGAGUAUAUGCGAGAAGUCACCACAAUCGACCCGCGUUGGUUGGUGGAAUUCGCUCCGAAUUUCUUCAAAUUUGGCGAUCCAACUAAGUUAUCCAGAACCAAGAAGUCAAUGCGGAUCGAACCACUGUACAGUAAAUUCGAAGAAAAAGAUUCUUGGCGCAUUUCCCGUGUCCCCCGAAAGUUCCACGUCAAAGUUACUUUCUGAUUUCCUCAUACCCAGCUUCAGUGCUAAACCGAUGUUUUCCACUUCAUCUUUAUUAUCACUGUGGUUUCUGUGAUGCCAAUGACAUUCGCAAACUUCAAAACUCACAUUUCUCAGAGCAUUUGUUAUUUACUUCAUAUCUUCCAUGAGUGUAAGGCAGCAGCGAUGUCUGCGUGGGCAGUUGGCCACCAAGUGACCUGCUCCCAAAUGAACAGAUAAACUGCCCUUAGUGUAAUUUACGGUUCACUUGUUCACUGCUCUGCUCUUAUCAUGGGGCACUGUCCAACAUACAGUUGCAUCCAACCGUGGUUCAUAUCUCCAUUCUCUCAACUUGCUCUCUUGAUGUUAACUGAGUCGUAGCAAACAAAUCCGACGCUUUUUCCUCAUGUUGUCUCAGUUUGCAGCUCUCGUUUGUGCCAAAGCCACACGUGUGUCAGAUUGCUUACGUUUUCAGCCGACUUCAUCACACGCAAAAG